UAGGUGCUGGGUUCUCCAGAGAGUAUUGUGUGUUCGCCUCAGCUGCCGCUGCAGGAGCAGGAACCGACGUGAGAGACGGGCCAAGCAGCAUUUGUGGACUAUGGACGUGUUUAUUUCGUGCGGAUGGAUCCUUGGUGGCAGAUUUAAAGGUCUCCACACCAUCUAGACCCCAGUGCCUCUGAGGACAGGGAACAAAUGCCACUCCUCUGAAAAAGGAAAAGGAUUAAAUCAGGAAUUUGUCACCUCGUCUCACAUCAACUGAGUAGGUGUGAAUCAUGGGUAACCAGCUGACUGACAUGGCUCCUAACACACCCUUCCUGCCAAACUUUCAGUCCCUGCACGUGGUGGUUAUUGGCCUGGACUUUGCUGGCAAAACCUCUCUGCUCUACAGGCUCAAAUUGAAGGAGUUUGUCAAAACCAUUCCCACCAAAGGCUUCAACACAGAGAAGAUCAAGGUUGCGGUGGGGAUGUCGCGGGCCAUUAACUUCCAGGUGUGGGAUGUGGGCGGGCAGGAGAAGCUGCGCCCUCUCUGGAAGUCUUACACCAGGCGAACAGAUGGGAUUGUAUUUGUUGUUGACUCCACAGAGGUGGAGCGGAUGGAGGAGGCCAAAGUGGAGCUCCAUAAGAUCACCCGGACCUCGGAGAACCAGGGGGUCCCCGUGCUCAUCCUGGCCAACAAACAAGACUUGGAUUCAGCCUCGUCUGUUGGCGAGGUGGAAAAGCUUCUCUCUGUCCAUGAACUGAGCAUGUACACGCUGUAUCACGUGCAGAGCUGCAGUGCUGUGAACGGUCAUGGACUCCAGCCAGGUCUGGAGAAACUGUAUGAGAUGAUUAUGAAGCGGAAGAAGAUGGUGAAGCACAACAGAAACAGAAGAAGAUGAACUCCUGGUUCAUGCUGGGGACAUCACCUCGGGAAAUUUAUCUUCUGUUGAGACGCUGCCAAGCUUAAUGGUCCCUUUUAAUGGGACGGCAGUUAGUGCCAACAAAACAACAAUUACACACGGCCUUAGGGUCAGUGGGUAUGGAUUUGCUCAUAAUAACAGAAGCAGUAUCGACGCAUUCAAUGCUCUGCAAUUGUGCAGCUGCUCUUUGAAAAGUUAAGAUACAGAUUCAAUGGAAACCCUCCCUAUGAAGUACUUUUCUAAACAUUUCUAAUGGACACUUUUUUGUGAAGCACUGGACUAGUGUAUGCACACAGUAAAAGUCUAUUUCAUGACGAAAAAGUAGAACUAGAGCAAAACUAUGAGUGACCUUCACAUUGUAUUCUACACAGCAGUUGGUUGUUUGUUUUACAGAGUAUGCAAUAUUUAUUCCACAUUUCUGUGUUUGCACUAGACAGAGAGGACUUUCUUUGAAAGGACAUGAAAGUAAGAAUUUAGCUGUGACGCAACGUAGAAUCAUGAGUUCUAAUGGCUAUGAAACACUAAUCCUAAAUGCCUUCCCUUCAUGACCAGAGAACAUGUUCCAUUUACUAUAGUGUUUUUACAAAUUGUACAAAAUCUAAUAAAUCAAAACACUGAA